UGUCUUUUGUCUCAGAUUUUUUAUUUUUGUUUGACCUUUACAGUUGAGUGCCACUCUGUGGAUCAUGAGCUUGGUGCCCAAUGCCAACAUCUCCGUCCCUUCCAACUCGGGCACAAGUGGAACAGGAAGUGGCUUAAGCGGAGGUGGAACAGGUACCGUGUGGGUAACUCCUCUUCUUGGUGCUACCCUGAUCACCAUGUGCAUCCUUGGUGUUGUGGGAAAUGUUUACACGCUGGGUGUGAUGCGCUCUGCAGUUUUGCGCCGCUCUGGUUCCAUGUAUGUCUUCAUUGUCAAUCUGGCAACAGCUGACUUGCUCUACUUGGGCACCAUCCCGUUUGUGGUAUGCACCUAUUUUGUCCAUGACUGGCUCUUCGGUGAGACAGGUUGUCGAGUUUUGCUCAGCCUUGACCUGCUCACAAUGCAUGCCAGUGUUUUUGCCCUAGUGGCCAUGAGCCUGGAACGUUAUCGAGCCGUGGCAUCGCCAUUCCACGCCCGUCGUUCCGCUGCUGAUUCUGUCCGACGCCACUGGCUAGCAGCUCUUGCCAUUUGGAGUGCUGCCUUGGCACUUACUCUGCCCAUGAUGGUAAUGAUCAGGCUGCGGGAAGGGCGAUCAGGGGCCUCCGGUCUUGUCAAGCGCAUCUGCUUCCCCACAUGGACAUCUGAGGCCUUUAAAGCCUACCUCACUGUUCUUUUCUUCACCAGCAUGUUGGUGCCAGGGCUAGUCAUGGUAGUCCUGUAUAUCGGGUUGGCGCGACACUACUGGAAAGCACAGUCCAACCUUACACGUGGAGGAGAAGGAAACAAGACCAGCAUCCGUCUUUCCACCUCUUCUUCUCCAUCCAGGCGGAAAAGGCUUAAGCAUAAGGUGGUCUGCAUGAUCUUCAGCAUCGUGGUGGCCUACUGGGCAUGCUUUCUACCUUUUUGGGGCUGGCAGAUGGCCAAGCUGUUCUCAGCCGAAUCCCUGCGCUCGUUGACACCUGCCACACACACCUAUGUCAACUUCUUUGUUACGUGCCUUACAUACGGCAACAGUUGUGUGAACCCACUGCUCUACACAUUGCUUACUCGGAACUAUAAAGACUACCUGGCACAAAGAGGACAGGCGUCAGGCUCUAGUCGUAUUGACCAAGGCUCAGGAACAGGGAUCAACGAUCUGUAGAUGAUAUUAUCCACUGUUUUUGGGGUGAAUGCCAAAUAUGGAUAGUGUCCUUCUUAUAUUAAACCAUAACCGCAUUUGGUUAUAUCUCAUAUCCCAAUACUAGUCCUGGAACAACCUCCCCUGCCCAUCAUGUAUGUUUUUGUGUUUCUCUUCUAUAUUACAUAAUCUUUAACUUAGGUAUUGUUGUUAUUGACUGAAUAGGACUGUCUGGGAUGUGUGCAACUGAAAAACGUACUACAGGACCAAAGGGUGAUCCAAGACUAGGGUUGGAAACCGGUGGAUUAUACUGUAUGGUAUAAGGCCAUAGUUAUGACCUUUGGACAUAAAGACUACUUGAUCAGGAUACUUUGCCUGCUUGAGCUCAUUUAAUCUGGCUAACUAAUUAAUUAUCAAGGCCUUUUAAAGGUUGGUGCACUUGUUUAUAAAGUACUUGAGCUGUGCAAAGCUUGGAAUACUAGCAUUGUCAAUCUAUCCAUAUAGACACAUACAGUACAGAAGAAUGAACUGGUUUUCGCCCAGGUCCAGGACUCAACACGGUACAUGGGCAUCAAAGACGUUAAUUGGGAACCACUGCUUUGAAGUUUAUUCAAUGACUUUUUACCAACUACCAUUUUGUUUUUAAUGCUGAUAUGUAUUGGAAAUCCUGUUUGAUGGACAGUCAAUGAUUUCGUUGCUUGCUACAACCUGCUAAACAUACAAAUUGCCAUGUUUUCAGCAUAAUGUUUUUGCCCUGGACCAUCUUUAGUGCUUUGUUUAUAUUUAAACUAUAUUAUGUCUAUACAGUAUGUCUGAUAUCCUGAUCAAUAUCAGCACUUCUGACUU